AAGAAUAAUGAUCAUUCAGGAAAACUCAAAAGCUAUAGCAGCGUGAUUUCCGUUGUAUCCUUUUUAGAGGUAGCGACACCCUAAUAAGAAGAAUAAGUUCCAAAAUUUUCACGUCAAAAUUUCAAAAACAUGAGCCGGCCAUCGAAAAUUAUAAGUUCGGCGUAAUAAAACUUCUUGCUCGGCACAUAGAUGUGAAACAGCUGAUUUACAUGUGAAACGUUUAUAGAAAAGAAAAAUAAAAGCAUUUUCGUGUGUGAAGUGAUUCGCGUUUUUAUUAAAUUGUGGACAUUAAUAAAUCAAAUAAAAUGCUGGGAAGUCGGCGAAACUUAAAAAGGGAAAUCCCAAAAAUGCAAAAUCGAGCAUUGAAGCACCUUAACUCAAAGGACGAACAGGUUCUACUCGAAGGUGAAAAACGAUGUGAAAAUUGUAAAAGGUUAGAGGACAAAAUUGAUCAAAAAUUCCAAGAACUAGCAGAUAGAACGAAUCAUCAAAAUACAAUUAUAAUGGAAGCUUUGGCAGAACAAAAUGUCCUAAUUAAUAGGCUUAUUUUCCAAGAUGAAGAAAACUUGAACGUGACAUCCACUUUCCCAAUAAAAAGCGAUAAUGAACUUAAAGAGCUAGACCAAAAAAUUGAUGAUUCUAACAUUAAAAACUAUGUAAAUAUAGUUAAGAAAAUUAUUUGUAAUAAUUUGCAGAAAAACAUUGACCUACUAUUGGAGCCUGAAUUUCUUUAUGAAUAUAAUAUUGACGGUAGUCAUGGAAAGAAACGAUUGAAAGAGUAUAAAAUGUUUGAAGUUAUGAAAGAUUGCGUUAUUUCGAUAUAUGGCGCAGAAGGUGCUGAAGAAAAAAUACGAAAAGCGAUUCAUUUAUCAAAGAAGCGGCAGUUAAAAAAGUUGCUUACGAAUAAAAGAAAUGCCACCAGCGAUGAUAAUAAAUAAUGAGUAUAAACUCUUUUAAAGUCCAUUGACGAAAUUCGAUGAAUUCUUAGUUUUAAAAUGAAGUUUUGUAUUAUUUUUCACAUAUUUUUCUUUAUAUUAAUGAUUCAAUGAUUUUCUAAACAGGAUACAAGAAAACUGAGUAAGUGUAUGGUGUCUUUUAAUAUUAGCAUUGUUUUUCAAACUAAAUUUUAUUUUUUUGUUAAUUUUGCAUUAAACAUGGGCUAAGUUUUAACAGACACCGUAUAAAUCCAAUUUUCGAACUUUGUACGAAAUAUAUGAGAAUUUUGUAGUUUCACCUAAACUGCAAACUUUUUAAUAAGAAUUUAAUAAAAAUCGAGUAUGUAGUUUUAUACCCCAUUCAAAUUUAGUAUAAUAA